GCCAGCUGGUCUGGGGAGAGGGCAAACGUGUUCUGAUCUCUGAAGAUGUUAUUUAUAAUUUUACUAAUGUAUCCAAUCCGAUUUACUUAGUCGUUUAGAAAAGUAUAAUUCGUCAGUGUUUUAAAUAAGUUACGCUUACAUUGUCGAUAAGCAGGCUACUGUGAACAUGCCAUCAAGUUGGUAAUUACGAACAUCAAUAUUUCACCAAACUUAAAUUACUUUGUUCUUAAUCGAAAGCGAAGCGAAAGUAAUCAUUUUCAAGACAAAAUAAAUUGCAUGUUGCCAUUUAUUGCAAUAUAGCUAUUUGCACGUUGCAGCCCUACAAUGCAUAACACAGCAAAUGAACAAGCAACCAAAUGUAGCUAGUUAGCUAACGAGAAGUGCAGUAACGCGCGGUUGGAAGCAAAACCAAACAAAAAUUGCGUCCAGUGCUCAGAUACUCGCAACAUUUCGUUUAUAUGUAACUUUCUAUCAGUCUGCUAAGUUGCUUUUCUUUUUGGAGCAAGUUUGCCCACCCAGCGCAGAGUCAAUAUUUAGAUAGCGGCGUUGUAUAUUAACUGGGAAACAUUUAAAUAGAUUACCAAUAAAAUCUGCUUUUAGUUAGUUGGCGUCGUUGCUAUAGUUUGCUAUUGUGGCAUAAACUCCGUGAGAAUGCUUGCCUUCUUCAGAAAAGCCCAUUCGAUUACGUAUAGAGGAAGCGUUAAUACAGCAUGGAAGCGGACCAAGGCCCACAUUUCUGGAGCUCAGAGAUUGGAUAUUCGAGGAAUCUACCCUCCUAUAGCCACACCGUUCACCGAGAAGGAAGAAGUGGACUAUCAGAAACUGAAUGCUAAUUUAGAGAAAUAUGGCAAAAUCUCUUUCAGAGGCCUGGUGGUGCAGGGCUCAAACGGAGAGUACCCGUACCUGACAGUGGAGGAGCGGGUGGAGGUGGUCCGCAGGGUGAGGCAGGCCCUGCCUCAGGACAAGCUGGUGGUGGCUGGAUCGGGCUGCGAAUCCACGAUGGCCACUGUGCAGAUGAGCCAGCUGAUGGCUGGCGCGGGAGCGGACGCUGUGCUGGUGGUCACCCCGUGUUUCUACCGCGGCAGGAUGGACAGCAGGGCCCUCGUUCAGCAUUACACGAAGGUUGCUGACUCCAGCCCGGUGCCAGUGGUUCUGUACAGCGUGCCUGGAAACACAGGCCUGGAUCUGCCCAUAGACGCGGUGGUCACCCUCUCUCAACACCCCAACAUAGUGGGGCUCAAGGACAGUGGUGGGGAUAUCACAAGAAUAGCUCUUAUUAUUCACAAAACGAGCUCAGAGGAUUUUCAGGUUCUGGCUGGUUCAGCGGGUUUUCUCAUGGCUGCAUAUUCCGUGGGGGCUGUGGGCGGGGUGUGUGCCCUAGCCAACAUUCUAGGGAGCCAGGUGUGCCAACUGGAGGAGCUGUGCCUGUCCGGCCAAUGGGAGGCAGCGAAAGCGCUACAGUACAGACUCAUCGAACCCAACGCUGCGGUGACCAGGAAGUUUGGGGUUGCCGCGCUGAAGCAGGCGAUGGAGUGGUUUGGUUACCAUGGCGGCGUGUGCCGCUCGCCCUUGCAGCCGCUGUCGGAGGCGGAGUCCAAAGCGCUGCGGCAGGACUUUUCCUCCAAUGGCUGGCUCUGAACACAACACGACCGCUGUGGGCAUGCUGGCGAAGGAGGAGUCAUGCGGGACAGAUCUGGCGUAAACUUGAGCACUUAAGUGAAUUGAUUUUUCGAAAUCCUGCAGUAACACUAAAACGGUGCUUAUUUUUAAUAAAAGGUUUCCGCUGUACUACGCUGUCAUUAAAUGUAAUAAAAUAUUUUGGGUGACCGCUUCAGAAA